AUCAUCAUGGCGGCGGCCGGAGCCCCGGAUGGCAUGGAGGAGCCUGGCAUGGACACGGAGGCCGAGACCGUGGUGACCGAGGCGCCCGCGCGGCCGCUCAACUGCGUGGAGGCCGAAGCCGCGGCGGGGGCGGCGGCCGCGGACUCCUGCGCCGCGCGAGGCAGCCUGCAGCCGGCCCCGGCCCAGCCCCCUGGAGACCCUGCGGCCCAGGCCUCGGUCAGCAACGGCGAGGAUGCGGGCGGCGGCGCGGGCCGGGAGCUGGUGGACCUGAAGAUCAUCUGGAACAAGACUAAGCACGACGUGAAGUUCCCCCUGGACAGCACUGGCUCCGAGCUCAAACAGAAGAUUCACUCGAUGACAGGUCUCCCGCCUGCCAUGCAGAAAGUCAUGUAUAAGGGACUUGUCCCUGAGCAUAAGACGUUGAGAAAAAUAAAAGUGACCAGCGGGGCCAAGAUCAUGGUGGUUGGCUCCACGAUAAAUGAUGUUUUAGCAGUAAACACACCCAAAGAUGCUGCCCAACAGGACGCAAAGGCCGAAGAGAACAAGAAGGAGCCUCUCUGCAGGCAGAAACAACACAGGAAAGUGUUGGAUAAAGGAAAACCUGAAGAUGUGAUGCCGUCUGUUAAGGGCGCCCAGGAGCGCCUGCCCGCUGUACCCUUAUCCGGCAUGUACCAUAAGUCCGGAGGGAAAGUGAGACUUACCUUUAAGCUAGAACAGGACCAGCUGUGGAUUGGCACUAAAGAGCGGACUGAGAAAUUGCCCAUGGGUUCCAUUAAAAAUGUGGUCAGUGAGCCUAUCGAAGGACACGAAGACUACCACAUGAUGGCGUUUCAGUUGGGCCCCACGGAAGCCUCUUACUACUGGGUGUACUGGGUUCCAACUCAAUAUGUGGAUGCAAUCAAAGACACUGUGCUGGGGAAAUGGCAGUAUUUUUGAAAGCACUUUCACCUCUGGCCCAGGAGACUGACCCAAAGUGAAGGACAUUGCUGGGAGAGGCCUGCAGCAUCCCUGGAUUUCAGAGUUCUGGAAUUUUGUUCAAAAAAAAUCUAUAUCCAAUCUAAGGUGAUGUGGUGACUGAAGCCAGAGGUGAUGUACUUUCACCAUUAGCUUAAUUUUAACUUAAAAUCACCGGUUCCCUUUCUUGCAGUCAGCUUCAUACCAUUUUUAAAAGUCAAUACGGUGGAAAUCAAUAAAUCUGAGU